AUGGCUGCUACGCCAUCAGACAGCAAUGGAGCCUCCCCGGGCAACCACGAACUCGAGGUCAUGGCGGACAACAAGCCCAGCCUCCCAGUGGAGGAGGACAUAAUGCAGUUGGCUCGGCUGGGAGAAAUUGCGGCUAUCCAGAAACUCUUCGACAGCGGCAAGGCGGAUGCGACAUUCAAAGAUGAGCAGGGCAUAACACCGCUACAUUGGGCCGCCAUCAACAAUCACUAUGCUCUCUGCCACUUCCUUAUCCAAGCCGGUGCGCCCAUCAACGCAAAGGGCGGCGAUGCUGUUGCGACACCCGUCCUCUGGGCUGCGAAGCGUUGCAACUACUACAUUGUCAACCUCCUGCUCGACCACGGCGCCGACCCUCUCCUCACCGAUGACCAAGGCUUCAAUCUCCUGCACAGCGCCACGCUCGACGGCAAUGUGUACCAGAUCGUCUUGCUGCUCCACCAGGACAUACCCGUUGAUAUUCCAGAUCCCCAGAGCCAUACCCCGCUCAUGUGGGCUGCAUACAAGGGCUAUCCGUCUUGUGUUGAUUUGUUCCUCAGAUGGGGCGCCAACGUGUACGCGACCGACGACCAGGGCUUCACUGCACUCCAUUGGGCCCUGGUAAAGGGGAGUCAGGGAUCAAUACAGAAGCUACUAGAGUAUGGCGCCGACCGAUUCGCUAAGAACAACGACGGCAAGACACCGGAGGUCACGGCGCAGGAGAUGAACACUACUCGGCAAUGGCGUCGCGCCCUCAUGGAAGCUGGCUUCGAUCGAAAUGGAAAUCCGAGACAGUUCCCCAUCCCAGGUAUCAAGGACACGAGAUGGUUCCUGAGUCGCUUCAUAUUCUUCUGGCCGUUUGCUAUACUUUUCACUGCCCUUUUCCUCGUCAGCCACUACCCGGCGUUUGUUGGUAUACCCUUGUCGUUGAUUGUCGCCUAUCUCAUGCAAUGGGGAGCACAGUGGCUUUUGCGAUGGGGUCCCUCCAACAUGCGAAGCAUACAUCAUACUCCUUUCUUGGCCGGCAUCUUCGCCGGCACACUGUUCUGGGUCGGUCUCCGUUGGGCAACAACAGUCUUACCCUGGACAAUUCGAACCAACUUCUUUAUGAACUUUCUCUUCGCAGCAUUCUACGGACUCACGGCCUAUUUUUACUUCUUCACCAUGACUAUUGAUCCCGGCUUUGUACCCAAGUCGGCGAGCAGGAGUGCUUCCAAGGCAGUCAUUGACGAGCUUAUGGAGCUACGACAAUUUGAUGAACGCCACUUUUGUGUAAACUGCAUGGUGCGGAAGCCUUUGCGUAGCAAGCAUUGUAAGAGAUGCGAGCGCUGCGUUGCAAAGAGUGAUCAUCAUUGUCCAUGGGUGAACAACUGUGUGGCGAACAACAACCACAGACAUUUCGUACUGUAUGUACUAUCUCUGGAACUCGGUAUCGUUAUGUUCAUAAGGCUGGCCCUUGCUUAUCUGGAAAUACGUGACGCGCCCAAAGAUUUCCCCAAAUGCGCAGUCAUCUCGCCGGAUCUUUGCAAAGUCCUUAACAAAGACCCAUUUACGAUUGUACUGUCGAUAUGGGCUGCCUUUCAACUAACAUGGGUGACCAUGCUUCUCUGUGUUCAGCUUCUUCAGAUCGCGCGCAAUCUCACGACCUACGAAAGCAUGCGCGGACACCUUCAUGGCGGCACACCUGCGGAUGCGCUCAACUCAUUUGUGACCACCGGCGAUACGAGCCAAGACGUGUCCGGCGGUGCCGGGAACGCGCCCACGAAUGGUUUCGGCUCUGGUCAAGAUACAGGCGACGUUCCACGUCGUCCUCAACCUAAAGCUUCCAUUUGGGAUCAAUGGAAGCGUCUCCUUGGAAUCGACACCUUCCUUACAAUCGCCCUUCACGGAAGCCAAGGAGAACAAAUAAUGCGACAAAGACGGGGCAACCCCUUUUCACGAGGUAUCGUUACGAAUUGCAAGGAUUUCUGGUGCGACGCCAGUCCAAUGUUUGGUUCAAAAGAGAGUGGGUAUGCAAGGCUGGGUGGUGAGAGAGUGGACUAUACAAGGUUGUAUGAGGUGCCCAAGAUGAGGUAUCAGAGAGGUGGUGGAGGUGAAGGAGGGAGGUAUGAGAGUGUGGCUGCGGAGGAGGAGUCAUGA